AUGAAGAUAACGACUUUCACUCUCUUGAUCUUUACUAUCCUCUCUGUCAGUCAUGCCGGACCACCCCCAGCCGGAGGUGGCGCUAAGCCUUCCUUACCACCACUCGCCGAUGCAGUAAAACAAGAAGUUGAAGCUUAUGACGGUGAAUGCUUGGUGACGGAUCAUAAAACCUCGACACACGGGAUCUGCGUUGCUCGGGAUAGAAGCCCACCGGCCAGUCAGGUCAACUCUAAGCAAAGUAAAAUCGAUCUUCGAUGGGGAUGUGACCCUGCGUGGCCGUGCCGAGAAAACGAGAAUCCUUGCAAGAUUCGCAAAUAUAUCAAUCACUCCAACGACAACACAAUUUGGAAUGCGAGGUGCUAUUAA